AUGUCUGCGUCAAGGACCAAGAGAACUCUGCCUCAGUCAUCGUCUCUCGCACCCUUAUCCUCCCCAUUUGGGUUCCUAUCCCUCCUCCUCUCCUUCGGCUUCUCCCUUUCUUUCGACCCGGUGUCGGCGCAGCAGACCGUGCCCGUCAUCUCCACGGCGCAGGGACGCAUCCGUGGCAUGCUGACCCCGCUGCCCUCAGAUCUCCUGGGACCCGUCCUCCAGUACCUGGGAGUACCAUAUGCAAGGCCUCCAACGGGAGACAGGCGAUUCCAGCCACCGGAGCCUCCGCUGCCCUGGCCUGGAAUACGAAACGUGACACAGUUUGCUCCCGUGUGCCCGCAGUCGCUGGAUGAGAGGAGCAUGCUGGGAGAUAUGAUGCCGUCCUGGCUCACAGCUAACCUGGAUAUAGCAGCAACAUACCUCACUCACCAGAGCGAGGAUUGUCUCUACCUCAAUAUCUACGUGCCCACCGAGGAAGACAUCCACGAGGAGGGAGGUCAGCGUCCUGUAAUGGUCUAUGUCCACGGUGGCUCGUACACAGAGGGCACUGGUAACAUGAUGGAUGGCAGCGUGCUGGCAAGCUACGGCAACGUCAUUGUUAUUACAAUCAACUACCGCCUGGGAGUACUGGGGUUUCUCAGUACCGGUGACCAGGCAGCAAAAGGGAACUACGGCCUGCUGGAUCAGAUCCAGGCUCUGCGCUGGGUGAAGGAGAACAUCGCAGCCUUCGGAGGAGACCCAGGCCGGGUGACUGUGUUCGGAUCCGGGGCCGGAGCCUCCUGUGUCAGCCUCCUCACCUUGUCUCAUUACUCUGAAGACCUGUUCCAUAGAGCCAUCAUCCAGAGUGGCAGCGCUCUAGCCAGUUGGGCUGUCAACUACCAGCCAAGCAAGUACGCCCGGCAGCUUGGCGAGCGAGUGGGCUGCGGCAUCGACGACAGCACCCAACUGGUCGCCUGCCUUCAGGGCCGGAGCUACCGGGAACUGGUGGAGCAGAGUAUAUCGCCGGCCAAAUAUCACACGGCUUUUGCCCCGGUGAUUGACGGUGAUGUCAUACCGGAUGACCCCCAGAUUCUGAUGGAGCAGGGAGAAUUUCUUAACUACGACGUGAUGUUGGGGGUUAAUCAGGGCGAGGGUGUGAAGUUUGUGGAGGGCAUCGUGGACUCAGAGGACGGCGUCACUGCUGAGGACUUUGACUUUGCUGUAUCAGACUUUGUGGAUAGUUUAUAUGGAUACCCAGAAGGCCGAGACACACUGAGAGAGAGCAUAAGGUUCAUGUACACGGACUGGGCAGACCGCGACAACGCAGAGACCAGACGGAAGACUCUGGUGGCGCUCUUUACGGACCACCAGUGGGUGGCGCCAGCGAUUGCCACAGCCGACCUUCACGCUCAGUAUGGCUCGCCGACCUAUUUCUACUCCUUCUACCACCACUGCCAGAGUGACGCCACCCCACCCUGGGCCGACUCCGCCCACGGUGACGAGGUGCCCUAUGUGUUCGGCGUGCCCAUGGUGGGACCCACUGAUCUGUUCAACUGUAACUUCUCCAAGAACGACGUGAUGCUGAGCGCCGUGGUCAUGACUUACUGGACCAACUUUGCCAAGACUGGUGAUCCCAACCAGCCAGUUCCUCAAGACACCAAGUUUAUCCACACGAAACCGAACCGCUUUGAGGAAGUGGCGUGGUCUAAGUACACCCCGAAGGAGCAGCUGUAUCUCCACAUCGGCCUCAAACCCCGGGUCAGAGAUCACUACCGCGCCACCAAAAUCUCCUUCUGGCUCCAGCUGGUGCCUCAUUUGCAUCAUGUCAACGAGCUCCUCCAGUCGGUGUCCUCCUUCACGCAUAGUCCCUCUCCGCAGGACGACACCCCGUACUCUUACACCAAGCGGCUGGCCAAAGGUUGGCCUCCAAGCAGCACCCGUCACCCCGGCUCGCAGGGCGGCACCCCCCAGCCUCCAGAGGCGGCUGUUGGCCAAGGCGCAGAAGAAAACGGAGUCCGCAUCCCUAAUGAGGACUACUCCACUGAACUCUCUGUGACCAUUGCUGUCGGAGCCUCCCUGUUGUUUCUCAACAUCCUUGCGUUCGCUGCGCUGCUGUACAAGAAGGACAAGAGACGUCUGGAGCAUCGUAGACCCCGCCCACUUCCUCCCCCGAGACGAGACAUCACACCUGCAGAUGUCGCCGCCCACCUACAGGGGGAAGGACUGAUGUCAUUACAGGUGAAGCAGCUUGAGUGUGAUGCAGCAUCAGCCGACGAGAGGAACAACACUCACCACCAUCACACUCUGGACACGCUGGACGCUCUGGACGGCAUGGACACCCAGGACAUCUACAGCACCCUGGACACCGUGCGCCUCACCUGCCCCCCUGAUUACACCCUCACCCUGCGCCGUUCACCUGAUGACGUCCCCCUCAUGACCUCUCUGACCCCAGGGUCGCUGCCGGUGACCCCUGGGUCACACCCUGUUACCCCGGGGACGCCGAUGACCCCGAUGACGCCUGCAUCAGUGGUGGGGAUGAGAAUGGGGCAUCCUCACCAGGGAUACACACACCACAGCCCGUAUAGUAAUCAACACUUGCCACAUACACACAUCUCCGCGCACACACACUCCACUACACGUGUAUAA